GCGGCGGCGGCCGCGCAGUAGAAGCUGGACGGCCGUGCGUGACGCUGCUGAGUGGGAGAGCGGCCGGAGACCGACACUUGAAGGCAGUGACGCAUCCCGCACCGACGCACGAGGCGUUCUGAGGCCACCCGCGCUGUUCAUCACCAGGCCAACGCCAUGGGUCGCGGCAAUGACUUCCAGUACGACAACUCGGCCUACACGGGUGAAAAAAAGGAGGAGCCGGAGCCGAAAAUCGCCGAGUCGAAGAGAAACGGCCAUGACCCGAGUGACCCGGAAAGCCAGCCGGACACCACCGUCACCGUCCCCAUGAGCAAACGGGAGCGCUGGCGGAUCAUAAAAAACGUGGUGGCCAUCUCGUUCUCGUUCAUGUGCCUAUUCACGGCCUUCCAGAGCAUGUCCAACCUGCAGAGCUCCAUCAACUCCGAGGAGGGUCUCGGCACGGCUAGCUUGGCCACCAUCUACGGGGCCCUGAUCGCCUCCUGUAUGUUCAUGCCAUCACUGAUCAUCAAGCGCCUCACCUGCAAGUGGGCCAUGGUGGUCUGCACCUUCUGCUACUCGCUCUACAUGCUCGCCCAGUUCCACCCGCGGAAGUACACGCUGAUCCCGGCAGCCAUCAUCCUGGGCUUCGGCGCGGCGCCCAUGUGGUCGGCCAAGUGCACCUACCUGACGCAGGUCGGCAAGCUGUAUGCCGAAAUCAUUCAAGACGCGUCUGAGCCGGUCAUUGUCAAGUUCUUUGGCAUAUUCUUCCUGCUCUUCCAGUCGUCCCAGAUUUGGGGAAACCUGAUAUCAUCUUUGGUGCUGAGCCCAGGUCUGGGCGAAGGAGCGAGCUCGCCGUCUGAGGAUAGCCUGGCCAUCUGCGGUAUAAAUUACUGUCCCGGCGUAGAGAUUGCAAGCAACAACACGAACCUGCAGCGUCCUUCCACGACCAAGAUCUUCACUCUGGCCGGAAUUUUCCUGGGCCUCGCAGUGGCCUCCAGCAUCCUGAUCGCCGUGUUUGUGGACAGUCUUCGGAGAUACGGCGAGGAUGAUCGUGGCAACAACAAGGAGAACAAGACUCCGGUGCAGCUCCUGCUGGCCACCUUCUACCACUUGAGAAAAAAGUACCAGCUGUUGAUCAUCCCUCUCACGCUUUGGUCCGGAUUUGAACAGGGCUUCUUCACUGCCGACUUUACCAAGGCCUACGUGUCGUGCGCCUGGGGCAUCCACCGGGUCGGCUUCGUGAUGAUCACCUACGGCGUGUGCGACGCCAUCUGCUCCUUCAGCUUCGGUUUCGUCAUCAAGCGCGUGGGCCGCGUGCCCAUCUUCGCGCUGGGCGCGCUCAUCAACUACGGCGUGAUCAUCACCUUCAUCCACUGGAAGCCUAGGCCCGACGAGCCGUACGUGUUCUUCAUCCUGGCCGCCCUCUGGGGCGUGGCGGACGCCGUCUGGCAGACGCAGAUCAACGCCCUGUAUGGCGUUAUCUUCCCCAACACGGCCGAGGCCGCCUUCAGCAACUACCGGCUCUGGGAGUCACUUGGCUUCGCCAUCUCCUUCGCCAUUGCCAACUACCUGUGCAUCGACGCAAAGCUGUACAUUCUGCUGUUUGUGCUGACGACCGGCAUGUUGGGCUACCUGGCCGUCGAGAUGCUGGAGCGAAGGAAGACCAAGGGUGAGCUCACCAUCACCCGGGACUAACGUGCUGCUGGAGCGAAGGAAGACCAAGGGUGAGCUCACCAUCACCCGGGACUAACGUGUUGCUGGAGCGAAGGAAGACCAGGGGUGAGCUCGCCAUCACCCGGGACUAACGUGCUGCGAUGCGAACAGAGGUCUUCCCAACAGGCUGGAGUCCAUACAUGCACAAGGAUGGGUUAGAAACAAUUGCAUCGCAAGCUGUGGAAACGUGUGAUCGGUGACAAAAGUGCUCGAUUCCAGAAAUGGUCUAUGAUGCGGCUAUAUUCCAUGAUCGCUUACACGAACGUUAGAUGCAUUUCAUGUGCCUCCAAACAUGUCCGGGAUGUGGUAAUGCGCGCGGCGGUGUGAAUGUGGUCGUAUGAUGUGCGUUCCAUUUUGUAAGAGUGAGUAUAUAUUACAUUUAUGAAGACGAACAAAGGCAAUAAAUGUUAAAGAACGUACUAGUAAUAAAACGAUAUUUUUCCGA